GUCUCUUUUCUAAAAAGCUGCCCUUUCCUUAUAAACCGAACUCUCCUCCCCAUCACUCUGUCCGUCUUUCUCUCUCUUGCUGUGUGUUCAUUGAUGGUGUCGGCGCCGAGCUCGCUAGUAACGCACAACCGGCGCCUCCUGGACGCGCCGUCGUCGUCCUCGGAGGGGGCGCCAGCAGACGGGACGGUGGACUCGGACGUGGUGGUCAUCCUCGCUGCCCUCCUCUGCACCCUCAUCUGCCUCGUCGGCCUGGGGUUCAUGGCCCGCUGCGCCUGGCGCUGUCGCUUCCUCCGCCGCGCCGGCGUGGGAGGCGCCGGCAUCCCCGACCCCUCCGCCAACAAGGGCCUCAAGAAGAAGGCGAUCCGCGCGCUCCCCGUCGUCGCCUUCGACUCCAACGCCGGCAAAUCGACCGACUGCGCCAUCUGCCUGACGGAGUUCCUCCCCGGCGAGCAGAUCAGGGUCCUGCCCCAGUGCGCCCACUGUUUCCACCUCAACUGCAUCGACACCUGGCUCUCCUCACACUCCUCCUGCCCCUCCUGCCGCCACAUCCUCGCCGACAAGCCGGCUCCCCAGCCUCCGUCCGCCGGCCGGAGGUGCGAGAGAUGUGGGUUGCCGGAGAAUCGCUCUCCGGCUGCUCCUGCGCCACCCCCCUCCGUCGGCGCCGGCGGCGCGGGUCUUGAACAAGGGCUUCGGUCCAGAGAAGACGACCCGGACAGGUUUUUGCCUUAAUUAAUUUUCAAUUUUCUACUCUUCCCUCUUGUAAUUUAUAUGGAAACCACAGAAGUGGCUAUUUUUUCCCCUUUCUUUCAUCUUCUUCUCUUUUCUUUGUUCAUCGACCAUGUAAGAUGACAAUGGCAGCUUCACUUAUAAAUGAUAAAAAGGAAGAAGGAAGAGCAUCCCUUUCUUAUGUUUCAAGUUAAACCAGAAUUUAACUUGAAGAUAAUUGAAAACUCAAGAGAAUUCUCUGGUUCGAUUCC